AUGACCGAAGCCGUUUUUCAUAAGGAACGUCACCUCAAGUAUUUCCUACGAUGCCUCAAAACGUUUUUACCGGGCUUAUAUACCUCCAAUGACUCGAAUCGCGUCCUGCUCGCUUACUUCACCGUUGCAGGCCUGGAUCUCCUCGGCGAAUUAUAUAACAAGACAACUCCCGAAGAGCGGCAAGGGUAUGUCGAGUGGAUCUACCACUGCCAGGUGCCUUCGGGAGGCUUCCGGGGAUUCACAGGGACCGACUUUGGGUCAGAACGGCGAACAGCGGCAAACGAAGCUUGGGAUCCGGCCAAUAUUCCCUCGACAUUCUUUGCAUUGGUGAUACUGUUGACUUUGGGUGAUGAUCUGUCACGGGUAAAGCGAGCUGAGUGUCUACAAUGGCUCUCCAGAAUGCAGCGCGAAAACGGCAGCUUUGGUGAAGUCCUCGGCACAGAAGGGAAGAUUGAAGGCGGCGGCGAUUUACGAUUUUGCUGUUUCGGUGCCGGUACGCGAUAUAUACUGAGAGGGAAAUGUGGGAGUGACCUCGAGGGUAUCAUGGAUAUAGACGUAGAUAGGUUGGUCGCGUUUAUCGAGGCCUGUCAAGCAUACGACGGCGGCAUAGGGGAGGGGCCCUUUUGCGAAUCCCACUCUGGUCACACUUAUUGCGCUAUUGGUGCUCUAACAUUCCUGGACCGCCUUUCGAAGAACCAUAAGCCGAUCGCGUUACUUUCGGCCAAAGCUGGGCCUUUCGAGUCUUUGGUCAGAUGGCUUGUUGCACGACAAACAUCUGAGCUCGGCGACGAUGAGGAAGAAUCCGACGAAGAAGAUGGCCACGGCAUAGAUGAGGUUAAACCUUUAUCAGCGACAGUUGAGGAGCCCAGUUUAGACGCAAAAGUCGAUCGGCUCCCUGUUGUACCGCCGGAAACAGAGGAUUCACUGCGAUGGGCAGGAUUUAACGGACGCUGUAACAAAUAUGCCGACACUUGUUAUUCUUUCUGGAAUACUGCAUCUCUGAAUAUGAUGAAUAGGCUAGCGUUGGUGGAUGCGACUCGGAAUCGGCGAUACCUCUUAGAGAAAACGCAACAUAUCGUUGGUGGAUUCGGAAAGGGCGUGGGAGAGCCACCAGAUCUGCUACACUCUUACUUCGGGUUGGUAUCGCUCGCAUUUCAAGGGGAACCGGGCCUUGAAAGUGUCGAUCCAGCACUUUGUGCAAGUCAUCGCGCAGUUCGACAUUUACAUUCCCUACCCUGGUGGCAGGAGACAAAAACGUGA